UACUGCACGGAGAAGUGUGGGCACUGAAGGUAAGUUAGUAAAAAAAGGACUGGGGAAAGGAAAAGGUGGGUUUGUGUAGUUCUGUGCUGCAGUGAUGAGCUCUGGAAUGUGGCAUACUAUAAAUUUGGGUCUUAUGCACAGUGUUGACUCUUCAGUGACCAAAAGCCCUGUUAAAUUUGCUCUAUCCCUUAGCAGCAUACCAUUUGUAUUUUUAAAAACAAGCGUUAUUCUUUCAAGUUUUGUCACUCUAAACAUCAGCAGAUGCUUCAUUCCCUAUACAGCACAAGCAUUACGGUGGCCUGCUGCUGUGCCUGGACCAGUGUUGCUUAUGCUUGGAUGAGCACAUGGGAGAUGUCGUAGAGCUGCAGUAAUCUGGUUUACUCUCCUGUGAUGAAGACUAGGUAGGCAGAGUUGUUUGUUUUUUAUGAAGUUGCAGAGCAACAUAUUCAGUUAGUGUUUUACUGUUCUUCAGAACUGUACAGUGACAGUAUGGAUCCCUGAAUAACGUGUUUAAACACUCAGAAGAUAGGCAGUUUUUUCUUCCCUAGACCUGUAGACCACAGACAAAAUGGCUGUUUUGAAUGCAGUGCUUUCUGAGUAUUUGCAUCACCAUAUGGUUACAUCUAAGGAAGCUCUUCCAAGCCAUUCUCCAUUGGAAAACAAAACACAGCAAAAUCUGUAUCAGUGCCCAUCUAGCUGACGUGCCAUGUGCUUUCCUGUGGAGAGUUCAGCAGAUGUGGCAGCAGCACAGAGGAGCAAGGCAAGGCAGGGGUGUCGGUACGCUUGCUGUGAAUCAAGGAUGCCAACUCUGGGCAGUAAAGCAGAGACAGAUGACAAUAAAAACCAUACCCCUUUCUUCUGAGGAAGAAAAACCAGUCAUUGCUGCCUCUCCCUCAGUGGCAUGGGGCUGAGAGCUGUGCGUGGCCCAUCACAGGGGGCCAUGUGGCUCUGCGUUUCCACCCAAAGCAUCAAUGAUGGGAAUGGGAACAUGGCAGCCGGUGGGCGAGGAGAAAAUGGUGUCCCCUCUCCAUGGUGCUGAGUGGGCGCUUUGUGCAGCAGCGUCCAUGAGAGGUCGUGGCUGAGCUGCCCUGCCGUGCCAGACCCCACAUCGUCUGGGCUGCCUUCAGAACGCUGUUCUAAUUAGCCGUGGGCGAGAGCCGCUUUCCCGUGGCCAUCUGCAGCCCUGGUGACAGGCGGCGUUGCUAAUCGGAGGGGAUAAGCUGCUUACAGCAGCCCAGCUGGAGUGAGCUCACUGCCGGAGUUGGGCGUUGAGCUGGGACAAAGCAACGGGUUUGCCCCUGCCUUCAGAGGAGCAGACAAAGAGGCGCUGAUCCUGCCCCCGAGGUUCUGGCAAGGCCGAGAAACUCUCCCAGUGAGUAAGUGUCUCAGCUGCUGGAGCUGUGAUUGCCCUCUCUUUCGUUUGGGGAAGAGUACAACAACAUGAGGCUCGAGGCCAAGCUCGCAGUGGUGUUGGCGGUUUGGUCUGUGUGGCAGAAGUCUUGUUUCUAAGGCAUUCGGUGCUAUUGGUUCUAUGAUUGGAAGCAUGUGUGGCGUGGUAUUGGACUUUUUGUAUUGGAUAUUGUGUGGUUCCAACCUGGAACAUGAGCCUUGGUCAGCAGGGGUGGGAAAAAUGGAGUUAUCUGUGCAGUACUUGUGUUUGUUAUCUAUCUUCCUUGAUAUCAUAAUGCUCAAGUGGCAUUCACUUGAAAGAGCUUUAUUUACUUUCCAUCAGCUGUGCUAUUUGCUUUGCUUGCAAUAACAGAAGUACAUUGAUCAGCUUAAUUUUUGUUUGCAGAAGUGGAUUUAUUUCAGGUUGUAAUGCGUUAGCGUUGUGCUACGCAGUGUAAACAGCAAGCACGUGUGAAAUGCUUGCUGCCAUAAAAGCUCAUAUGGAAUCCACUGGUCGUGGAUUUUUGCAGUUUGCAAUGUAUGUGGUUUGCCUUCUGGCCUUAGAGGGAAUUUUAAAAGGCACUUCAUAAAAUCUUACUGCCUUUUGAGUGGGAUUAACUACUGCUUAAAAGUGGCUGCAGUAAGGUCUGAAUGGCAAUUACGGAAAGGCCAACAAACAUGAUUUUUAAUGGAGGCCUUCUCUUUCAGGUCUCAAUGAGACCGAAAUUAGGAAUAUGUCAGGUGAAGAACAACAACUAAAAUAAGUAUGGCAGUGUAUGGAGAAUCUGGUACUUGGCAGAAAGAACUGCUGAACUAAAAAACAACAACCCAGUGCCAAAGUUUCAGGUGUUCAUGGAACAAACCAGCACUGAUAAGCGUGAUGGUUCUGUGUCCUUUGACAGUUCAAAACCCUUUACCUAUGUGAUAUGUUCGGUUGGGUGUUCCUGGGAUGCAAGGAGAGCUUCUACAGAACAGCGUUCUGCAUUUUGAUGUUACACUUGGUGCAGUGGGAGGUCCCCUAAAGAAGGCAGCAGUGCUUUGUCUGCUUGCUCUGUAGGUUGCCAAUUUCUACUUGGCUUGAGAAAAAUAAAAACAGUACGUUUGGUGACAUUUGAAAGGCAGAAAUAGCAGUUCCCAAGGAUAAUUGCAGCACUGCAUGAUGAUCUACUGUCCAUUUGGCAAUCAAGUGUGCUCCCCACUUUGUGGUGAUUACUGAACGAGUUUGUAUGGCUGCUUGCAGCCAGGGGUGACUAAGGCUUACAUACUUUGGAAACGAUGCCAUUUGAAUGGAGACCUUCUGCUACUUGAGUAUGUUUGAAAAGGAUGGUGGGCGUUUAUUUCCUAGGCCAUGCUGUCUUUCUUUCCAUGUUAACUAUUUCUUUAAGACAAUCUAGAUGCGUGUCUUUUACAACCCAUGAUUUUCAGUUUUUAGAAGAGGAAUAGCAAAGAAUGCUUGGAAUGACAGAGUGAUUGGCAUUUGCAUUUAAAAUUUGAUUAUUUUUUUUUUAAAUUUGAAAUUUGAAUGAAAGCACAGUCCCCUUGAAUGGCACUUACUGCUGUUACCAACAACUUAUGGAUCUGUUCUGCAUGAGAUCUGUAUGUGUAACCAUCUGACUUAGGGGCUAGACUGCAAAUUAGGUCUCCCAUCUAUGUUGUAAUUCUUCCAAGUUGGGGGACAGUGUAGAUUCUCUGCAUGUUUAAACACGGUUCCGUUCUGUAGAGUGGACAAGGAGAAACUGCCCUACGUAGCCUCGAGCCUUUGCAGGGCUGUAACGCAAUCUGUGAAGAAAUUUCCACCUGACAUGCAGUUAAACAGUACCUUAAGUCCAUGCAGUACCAUUGCUUGAAGAAAAUGGGCAUGGAGGAGAUGUGAAUUUGAUUUCUGAUCAAUGAAGAGGGGAUAAUCAUCGUGUUCCAGAUGGAAUCAUGUUGCUCUGAGCUGUGCUUUUUUUUUUUUUUUUUAAAGUCUUUCUCUUCCAGCAGUUUUGUUGCGAAUUAAGUCUUUCCCUUCAGUCAUUCCUGCUCUGCCAGCCAUGAUUAUCUACUGACAAUAGGAAGCAAACAGUGACCAUAUUACUUCCAGGAUUGAGACUGGUGGAUUGGAGGCAAAGAGUCUUACAAGGAAAGUACCCAAAGCCUGUGGCAAACUAGAGAAGAUGUGUUGAGAAAUAUGCAUGCUCCUCUGUUCAUAUUUCUUCUUGUUUUUCUUCAGAGCAAAGGAACUUUCAGAAGGAUGUGAAUGUUGAUCUGUAUUUGGGUGCAAGAAGUUGAGUAGGCGUUUCUCAUCGCUGGCUUGAGGCUGCUGCACUCAGUGUAACUCCCAGGCAGACAGCAGAACGAGGCUGGCUGUGUACCUCACAGAGAGGUGCAGACUGAUCUCUCCUGGCCUUUUCAGCUGCUCUGGGAUACCACCACUCAGUUCUACAGCUCCUGCUUCCAGCAGCAAAAUAAUCUCUACUCUAAGCUGCAGCAGCUCAGCUCUAAGCACGUGGUUCACGGAACUGCCCAUCUUGCUGUGUCCACGCUCCCUGCUGCGAAACUCUCUCAGAGACACUCUCACCUUGAGGCUUAUCACUUAGAAGGGAGAAGGAAUGAGAAUUUUGGCCUUCCUCAGCACCACAACCAGAAAGCAAAAGCAGCUGGGAGCUGCUCCAUGCCUACUGCUCAUCAUCACUGUUUAGAAGGAAGGAACAAGACCAGUGACUAUCCCGUGGAAAAGCAGCAGCCACCUGCUGUGUCUUGUAUGGAUGCUGGGAACCCUUCGCUGGUCAAUGCACGUUUGCCAUUCCAUGCUGUAGAUAGCCCUCUUAGGCACAACUUAGCGCUGUGUCCUUCUUCAAGGAGCUCAAGGGAAAGUGUCAACGCUUGUUGUAGUUCAGCCCUGACCUCGAGUGAUCUCAGUCCAUCUAAUUUGGAGUCCCUUCAGCCUCUUUUGCAGUCUUCACAGAUUUCUGCUGGCUUGUACUGUUCAAUCCGAAGGCUGAAGCAAGAAAUUGCUUUCAUGGGGAUCCGGGGCUCCCUUCCUCUGGAGCCCAAGUCUUCUCCAGUUGGUGGCAGUUUGUGCUUUGCUCCUGAUGAUCCAACUCCUAUUAUCCUGAGCACAGGAGAACAGCUAGCUGGAGUAAAAACCAGUGCUGCUCAGGCAAGAUUGAGAUGGAGCAUCCCGUUUGCUAAAGGCACGAGCCUUGGUGCAGUGACGAGGGACUUUGGGCAUGCUGAACCUAUCUCUGUCUCUCACAGAUGCAGAUACAUUGACUCGAGCAUGUGGAGAACCAAACUUUCAGGUGACAUCCGUCCAGAAAGACUCUCUGCUGGGAGAGGCUCUGGCAGGCUUGUGAAUACAGAAGAAGAUUCCUCCUACAAUUGCUCCGCUUAUUUCAGAUGCCAGUCCCAGGCAAAGCCAACUCUGGAAACUGGUGGUAUUUAUGUUCAUACAAAAAAUCGUUCUUAUGAAAAGGUUCUUAAAGCAGAAGAGACAUCUGGUGGGGUAUCCCUAUGUGCUGUGCCUUGGAAAAAAAACCACCCAGAGGGUCUGCACGUGUCAGUGGAAACGUGGUUGGCUGGGGCUCAGAUGAACGUUGGCGUAUCCAUGUAUGGGUCUCCAAGGGAAGUGUGUGUAAGAGUCACUUCUCCUUCUGGAGAUCAAGAGUUUAGACCAAUACAGCAGCUUAGCAUCAAGGCUGAAGAAGUCGACAACUCUAAACCUCCUGCUGAGUCCAGCACAAGGCUAGAAGAGGUAUGUGACUGUAGAUCUCAAGCAGCCAGCAGGAUGGCAGUGGUGGACAGCAGCCAGUCCAGCCCCUUCAGCACUCAGGUUGAAAAAGACUUUGGUGACUGUUCUGACAUAGAACGUGUGAAUGCAAACAGAAGAGAAAGGAGAAACAAAUGCUCCCAGCAAAGCAGCUGGAGGAACUGGGAAGCUGAUGCCAAUCCUGACCCCUCUGAAGAACCUUCUGUAGAGAGGAAUACCAAAGAACCACAGUGCUGUGGAGAAAGGAGCCAGACACAGGAAACUGUGCCCAGUGAGGUGUCCGAGAACAGCUUCUCAUCUCUGAAGGUGAAUGAGCAAAGUUUCCAGCACUUACACGACAGACAAAUGGUAACUAGGUGUUUCCAUGCCUGGAGGGACCACGUCAUCUGGAAGAGGGCUGCAGCCAGGCAGCAGCAGCUUCAGAAGGCCCUUGGUGCUUUGGAGGUAGCCCAGCAGAGACAUGCCUCAGCUGUUCUAGCUGCCAGCUUCCACAAGUGGAAGGAAGCUGUGGCAAAACGGAGCCAAAAACAAGCUGCACAGUCUGAGUCAUGUACUUAUACCCAAAGUUCAUCGGUGGGUUUUUCUGGAAUAGGAAGAUUAGCAACUAUGACAACCUCAGCUCAGCACCAGCUUACAGCAGGAUACAUGAAGGAAGCUGAGCAGGCUUGUAGGGUGGAGAGUGAACUGUGGACUCAGCUUCAUCGCAGGCAGAGAGGAGAUGAGUUCUGCUGGAGAGCUCAAGCAAUAAGGGAUAUGAGGCGCCUAGCUGCAGCUUUCAGACUGUGGCGCCUUCAGAAGGAGCUGCUGAGCAAUGAGGAAGCCAGGCUGCUGGAAGCAUGUGCCCUGCUAGAAAAGAAGCGGCUACGAAACAUUUUCCAGGUGUGGCAGUCACGGUACUCAGAAAAGGAAAAGAUUUCAAGGCUGACAAUUCAGAUCCAAAGAAACUUGGUCUCCCGGUGCUUCAGUGCAUGGAAAGAGAAUGUUGAGCAGAAGGCGUAUUACAAGAGCAAGCUGACACAUCUCAGAGUAGAAUCAAUGAGGAAAUACUUCCAGCAGUGGUUUCAGAUGCUGCAGGUCAGAGAAAGCAAUAAGCAGGCAAUGGUGAACUUCCUCCUUCUGAGAUGGAGGCAGCAUUAUGCUGUAAGCUCGGUAGCUCACAGGACUGCAACAGGAGAUGACAGCCAGCCAUGGUGGACAGCAGUGACACAGUUUCCUGAGAAAACAGGCUACUCUCUCAAUGACUUCUGCCUAAAGGUGAAACUCCAGAGAGUAUAUCUGUUGUGGAAAGAGAGGCUGUAUGAGCACCGCAGAGCUGAUUCUUUCUCUCAGGCUUUGGAGGAGUGUAGACUCAGAAAAGCUCUGAAAUUAUGGCACCAGAAGUAUCUCAUGCUGAAGACGAUUGAACGAAGUCCUCAGUGCUCUCACAGGGCUGUCUGUGAAGAGCCUCUUGCUGUGCUGUUUUGUGAGGAACUCUCAACAUCUUCUGGCUUCCACAGCAGUGCUCCAGCUACUCUUGCCUCUGAAAGCUCACUGGAAAAGGAAUACAGUUUUAGUGACAGCAGCCAGCAGAGCUGCUCCUCUGUUCUGACUGCUGAGGAUGUGACAUACCUGCCCUACAACAGUUCUUUCCUGGAACUACACCAAUGUACAGAGCUGCCAGCUGAGCUGGGUGGAGAGCUGUGCUUGCAAGCCUCCUUUCCUCCAUGGAGUUCUGGAUCUGGAGAAAAUUGGUUUGUGGGAGGUCGGUUCCAGUCUUUGGCCCUGCAGAGUGCAGGCAGUAGUGUCCAACCUCUUGUCAGUUACUCUACAUGGGAAGAGGACUGCAGCUCUGAGAAGGAGAUGGAAAGUUCCUGGCACCAAGUGGAGAAGUGCUGCCUGCAGAAGUACUUUAUCAUCUGGUCCACUCAGACUCAGCAACUUGCAAAGGCCCAGCAGUACCGCAGGCUUCUUCAGCUGUCUCGAGCCUUUCUCAGGUGGCAACACUGGGCUGUGGAAAACAAGAACCAAAAAGCAGCAGCAGCCCUUAAAUACCAAUUUAAUCGCUGCCAGAUGGCUUUCAGCUUGUGGAAGAAGAGACUGGCCCAGAAAGUGGAGGCUGACCAGAGAUUCAGGAGUCACAUCCACCAGAUGACUGCUGAUGCUCUUUGGCGUUGGCAUUCCUACUGUCAGAGGAAGUGUGCCAUGAGGGAGCUGCAGCAGAGAUGGGCUCAGCACAGCUGCCAGGAGAAGAAGAGAUUGAUCCUGCAGACGUGGCGCUGCCAAACAAGGCAGCUGAAAAAUGCUGCUUUAUUCUGGGAGCGUCUUCUGCUGCGCAGGUGCCUAUUCAUCUGGGCUCAGGUCACUGCCUGCAGACUGAGGCAGCAGGAAGCCCUCUGUUGUUUUAAAAGGGUCAGAGAGCACCAUCUUCUAGAAGUGAGUUUUGCUGAAUGGAGAGUGAAAUUCUUGGCAGCUAAAAAGCAGUUGCUGAGAGAAGAGAAAAAACAUGAGUGGCAGGGACCCUCUCAAGCUAAAGCCUGUCAGCGCUGGCGACUGGCCUCGAGGGGACAGCAAGCCCUGCACCUGGGGUCUGUGGCCACUGUGAAACAGGCCUGCAACUACUGGACAAAAGCAGCUGCCUUUUCCCAGUGCUCACGGCAACGCAGUACCCUGAUAGGUGCGAGGAAGAGCAAGAAGAUGUCUUUGUCUUUGUCCAUAAAAAGGAGAGGAUGCAGAGAAAAAGAUUCAGUGCCAGCUGCCUCCCUUGGGUUUUUUCCCAGUGCUGUUCACCGCUGGCUGGUGAUCUACAGAAGCCAAAGGAGGAGUGAAAGGCUGCUGUUCCCUCAACAGCCAGAGAGACAUGAUUUGGUAGGACCUGUCCCUGUGCACUCCAGGAUCCAGGAGAACAAAGCAGAGGUGGACCCUGAUGAGUGGAAUGAGAACUGGCUUGGGAGGAAGUAUCUGAGGUGGUGGCAUCACACGGUGACGCUGCGCCGGUGCCAGCGUGCCAGGAGGCUGAGCAGUCUGGCAAGGGGGUGGCACCAGUGGAAAGAAGCCAGCGAGGUGGUGAUGCUAGCACAGGUGUUGGACCAGCAGCGGCUGAUAGAAAAGGCUUGGAAGGCUUGGAGACGACGAUACUUACAGAGCUGUGUAGUGCAGAGGUUUCUGGAGGUCGAAGCCAGGAGCCUACUGUCUGAGGCCUUUGGAAGGUGGCGUCAGCUCACAGCGUUGCAGCUCAAGGACAAAGGACACUGCUGAAUGGUGGGGCCUGCCUGCAGCUGCUCAUUUCAGGAGUGGAGGAUACAGCUGGCUGUCACAGCGAAGAGCUGGUCUCUUGCAAUCACGGAAGCGGUGAAUGAUCUACCCGUGUGAUAAAAGCAGUGCUGCAGGCCCGAAGCAUGGUGAUAGCCAAAGCACAACCACAGAGAGAUGGUACCUAGAGAAAGGUCUUAUGUGAAGGACUGAUAUUCUGCCUCCCUGCUGCCACAAACUUGAGAACUUACUUAAUCGCUUUUGUUGUGAGGUUGCGUUCCAUUUUCUGCUAGAGCCUGAUUUUGUUGGAGUUCUGAUUAAAAGUCAAAAAAUACUUUA